CUGCAGCCUUCAAAAGAGAGGUGGAGAUUAGGCUAUCAAUGACAGGCUAUGGUGACUGAGAAGCCAUGGUGAGUAACAAGCAGGUAAUAUUCAAUGGUUUCAUCUCCGGUUUUCCAAAAAGAAUCGGACAUGUAUGUCACUACUGGCACUGUAAAACUAACGGUCUGAAGCUACCAGAACGUUCAAGAGCAGUUCUUGUGAAGAACCUUUACUUAUCAUGCGACCCUUAUAUGCGAAUCUUGAUGAAACCCCAAGAUGGCAGCUGUGGUUCAGUCUCAGUUAUAUAUUGCAGGUCUGGAGAGCGGUCCUGCUGCUCUGGUAGGGCUCUUUAAUGGCCGGAAUGUGGGAAAACAGAUUGUCACAGUUCCACAGGAAUAAACAGCCAGCCUUGUCGGCUCAAGUGUCUACACUAUUUAUGUGAAUGGAUGUAUUUUCUUCUGGAAUAAUAAGCAAAUAAUAUUGCA